UCCAAUUUCCCAAUUGUCUCUCACUCACUCUCACAGCAACUCAACACUUGGCAGAAACAUACAGAUCAAUUAAUCAAAAUGUACCAUUCUCUCUUCAUAAAGUAAAAGGACAGAGAGAUGGCCAGACUUAGCAGAGCAGCAGAAGAAGAAGAAGGUGACUUGUUACUGCCGGUGGGGUUCAGAUUUCGGCCCACAGAUGAAGAGCUGGUGAACUACUAUUUGAAGAAUAAGCUGGAGGGCAUGGAUUCCCAUGCCGAAAACAUCAUUGAUGAAAUUGAUAUCCUCAAGUUCGAGCCUUGGGAUUUACCUGACAAAUCGUUGAUAAAGUCGGACGAUGAGAAUUGGUUCUUCUUCUACAAAUACAAAAAAGGAAGUAGGGCCACAAAGGAAGGCUUUUAGAAGAUCACAAGCAAAGAUCGUGUGAUCAAGGCUCAAGACAACAGAACUGUCAUCGCCAAAAAGAGGAUUCUGACCUUUUACAUUGGUCGUGUUCGUAAGUCCGCGAAGACCAACUGGGUCAUUCAUGAGUAUUAUAUCCCUGACGAUGCCCAUCCCAAUGCUAAGCAGAGGGACUUCGUUCUCUGUCACUUGAAGAAAAAUGUGAAAAAAUCAGAUCAGAAUACUGAUGUUGCAACAACCUGUGAUGAAGGUGAACCUAGUACUCACAAUGCAUCUGAUUUCGAAAAUCAACCAGUACAUGGCAUGGAGAGUCUGGAGGAAUAUACUAGGCCACGAGAAAAUCCGGACUAUUUUGAGCGUACAAGGGAUCGUUGGCUUGCAAAUUCCCGUUGUAAUAAUGAUCACAAUGCGAUUCAAUCUGACUUUGAAGCAAAUGACCCUGAGGCCGAAGAGUUUGCCAGAUCGCUUCUUAUUGAUCCACAAUGUGACACAGACACAGACACAGAACCAAUCUAUGUGGUGGGUUUGCAAGGUGGUACAUAUACUUCAAGUCCGUCCAUGCGAGAUACAGAGGUUAUAUUUCAUAACCAGUUAUCCAGACAGGCUGCUUCCCCUGUCCAUGUAGCACCUAAACCUCAGACGUCUGAGCUUCAACUACAGUCUGGCACAUCUGAAAGAACACACAGACCACAACCAAGAUCCAUCAAUGUCUUAAGGGAUACUUCUGCUGUCAAUGUAGAUGCAUUUAACGUUUCCAUUAAUUGUAUACAAUUAGCGACUGACGACGAAUAUUAUACAAAGGAAAGAACACGAAGAAGAACAUAUCCACCAGUAGGCAAAUUGAGAGAAAUAAAACUACAGCAAAGCAAGGCCAAAGAACCUGAAGAACGUAGAACAAAGUCUAGCAUAGACAGGAAGGUAGCUCAAGGCAAAAAUGCAGAAAAGGAUGUGGAGCAGACACAGAAUAGAACAACCCCCAGCAAUUGGAAGGGCUCCUUCAUUACCUGGCAAACAUUCCCAUUGACAAGUCCCCCAUCAGUCUACAUUUGCAACACGGUUCUAGGCGCGAUUUUGUUCUAUUUUUGUGACCGGGAGUGGUGCUAAACUCACUGACCAAGAAAUAGUUCAUUCUUGUUCUCUAUAUUCUAUAACACAUUGAGUAAUGCCAGUCUUACUGGCUACUUUCCGUUUGCUAUAAAAGUAUGGGCUAAUGUCAGCCAUGACAUUGCAGUGACAAAAUGUUGAUAUAUAGUAUAUAGAGAUCAACAGUCUUUCGUUCUCUGACCAGAUGUAAGGAUGUAUGGCUGGUGGCUACUGGAGUUUCAAAUAUAAGUAUUGUUUGCGUUAUUGAA